AUGAGCCUCCUCACCUGCAUAACUGUUAUCACCCCCCUUUACCCGUCUCGUCAUCGCCCCGAGAUUUACAACAAGCUUCAAUCUGAACCCACGGUGCAUCCCUACACCGUCACCACCACCACCGAGCCACCACCACCACCACCACCUCGUCUUCAGGCUAUCAUGACAGUUGCCUCUCUUGUUGCCUUCCAAGAAACGUGCGACCGACUGGCUGCUUCCUUGGAUGCGCACACAGUGGUGUGCGUCGACCUGGCCAAAGUGAUACGUGAACUCUCGAAGAUAGAGAUUCAUGUCAUGCCUGUUCCUCAGGCUGAAGAUGCAUCCAAGGCUGAAGAUUCACCCACGGCUGAGGUCUCUCGGUGCCCAAGCCCCGUUGCGACCUUGGCAGAAACCGAGAUCGAGGAAGUUCAAAUUGCACCCAACGUUCCCCGCUCUCGGGCGGGGAGCGUGGGCGAAAACGUGGCAGAGAGCGUCACCCAAGGCGCCACUAAGACCGCCACCGAGGCCGUCACCGAGGCCAGUCCCAUGAACAAGUUUGGCGACGUGCCUUUCAAACACGGAGGAAAAGGUUUGAAUGGUGACGAGUAUUGCUCACAUGUUCAGCGACCAGGGGAUCUGAAGCAAGCCUUUCAUUACCGAAACACAGACCGUAGUGUGUACUACAUGAACCCAGACGGUUCUACUUACCACUACGCCCCGCGGACAGGAAGAUCACGUUAUCAACCUGCUCCCGGGGACCAGAACGACUCGGAGCUUCGAACCGAGCGCACGGUGGUUCUGGACUGUGAUGCUGGGCAUUUGCAUUUAACCGGUGAGCGUCUUCCUGCCCACAGCAUUCCUGUUCUCAACCACCACCCCCUCCCCCUGGCAUCCCCCAUGAUCAUCAACCUCACCUAUGCCUUCCAACAAACAGCCGACCGGCUGGUCGCCUCUUUGGGGGUGCAUACAACAGCUGUGAGGGCGCAGACGGCAGCAUUGGAGGCGCAGACAGCGGCGUCCGUCGGUAUGACUCAAGCGAUAAAUGAGCUAUCGCAGAGUCUAAGGGAGGUGAAGGUCGACACUGCGUCUAAGCCUGAAGACGUCUGCGAGCCUGAACCAUCUCCAUGCUCCAGCCGCGGCGAAACACUCGCCAAUAUCGAGAUCGCAGAGCUUCGAAGCACGUUUGCGCAGGCCAUGAUUGACGCUCCCCACUCCGUCGAGAGAGUUGCCAAGAAGAGAAUGAGUCCGCGAGAGAAAUUUGGCUUCGUGCCAUUCUCCUCUGGAGGAACAAAUCAAAGAGGAAACAGGUAUUGCGGCCAUAUCAAGCGACCAGGUGACAGGGAGCAGGCGUACCACUAUCUGAGUCCGGACGGGAGCGUAUUUUACAAAAAUCCCGAUGGGUCUACGUACCGUUAUAAAGCACGGGAACGGAGGUCAUAUUAUCGCCCACCUCCCCAAGUUAAUGGGUGCCAAAAGGUGACCCAUGACGCCGAUCCUCAAAAGGCCGCAGCAGCACUGGUAUUUAGUCCCCGACCAUCCGUAGUGGCCGGGAAUCGAACCACAUCGACCACCACCAUCACCAGCAGCAUGAUGCCGCCGCGAUCCGCAGCCCCAAGUCCGACCGCCAGCGCGAGCUGUCCCGCUCCCCGCGUCGCAGUCACAGCCCUAGCCUCAGUGUCAAGUCUGAGCCUUCCGAAGCUGAGAUCCCGCCUGCGAGCCCUAGCCCUAGCCUCAGUCGAAGCCCCAGCCCCGAGGGAUGUAGGCAACCGGGACUCUUCCAAACUCCUUCGAGUGCUUCGGCUUCACGACGACGAUCUGUGGCUUGCGAUCCUCCUCUUCACCCUCCGAGGUAGCGUCUAUAGUCUCCAAGGUUGUCUGUUCGAGCUUCACUUGGACAUCCUCGAUGUUGACUCUGACCCAUGGGCACGAACAUGA